UAUGCUCGUACAUUACGGUACUAAAAACGAGUGUCCGCUGUUCGGCAAGUUGUGCAUCACACUGUGAAAGCCGAUUGUGUGGGAAAACCGAAUGUCAAGAGGUUACUCGAUCUUUAGAUCUAAAGACUGUGUUCAGGAAACGAGGUAUUUCAGUAGGAUCUACUCUCAUUUCGGGAUGUGUUACGUCUUGAGACAAUUGUCGCACUGCAAUGCAGCAAUAUCUCGUUUGUGAAGAUGUGGGAACCGUGUUCUCUUUGGUAUGAGGCCAUAAACCCAGGUGGCUUUUUGAACUAAAAUAGUAGUUUUUGAGGCCUUCUCCUGCAAGCAGACACGCAUCAAGAAUGGCCGAGUCUGGGCAGGACCAAACAAAAUACUUGAAAGGGCCCGAUCAAGUCAUUCCAUCGGAUGUCCUGAAGACAUGGGAACCAAUGGGGGCUGUGAAGAUUAAAAUGGCAAAAAGUGGAGUAGAUGCUAAUCCACCAAUCUCUGUGCCUAGUCUUUUGAGGAGAGCAGCUGAUAAGUUUCCUGAUGUUAAAGCUCUUUGUGUGAAGAGGGAUGGAGUUUGGCAGACGACAACAUACCGGGAAUAUUUUGCUCAAGUUUGUACCGUGGCUAAAGCCUUCAUCAAACUAGGCCUAGAGCGUUUCCACGGAGUGUGUAUUCUUGGUUUCAAUUCCCCGGAGUGGUUUAUUUCUGACCUUGCUGCCAUAUUUGCAGGAGGAUUUGCCUGUGGGAUCUACACAACGAACUCUCCAGAAGCAUGUGAACAUUGUGCAAAAAGCAGUAAAGCACAAAUAUUCGUUGUUGAGAACCAAAAGCAACUGGACAAAAUCUUAGAGAUUCGAGAACGCUUGCCUGACCUGAAAGCGAUCAUCCAGUACACUGGGAAACCAACAUCAGAGGGAGUCUUGAGCUGGGCUGAUGUCCUGGCUCUUGGGCAAAAAGAACCGGAGACGCAACUUGACUACAGACUGAGUUGCAUCGCUGCCAACCAGUGCUGCACUCUGAUCUUCACUUCAGGAACGACUGGGCCGCCCAAAGGAGUUAUGCUCAGCCAUGACAACAUGACUUGGACUGCUCAUGCUAAUUCUGUCAAUAUUGACUUUGCCGUUGGGAAGGAGGUGGUCAUCAGUUUCUUACCCUUGUCUCACGUUGCAGCGCAAAUGUCUGAUAUGUACAUGUGUAUGUACUCAGGGGUGUCAGUGCACUUUGCUCAGCCUGAUGCUCUAAAAGGCAGUUUAGCUGCAACUAUGAAAGAAGUGCGUCCAACUGUGCUUUUGAGCGUUCCUCGCGUCUGGGAGAAGAUAUAUGAAAAGUUGAUGGAAGUCGGGAAAAGUACUAAGGGAAUGAAAAAAUCCGUUGCCACGUGGGCGAAGUCAAUCGGCUCAGAAAUAUGUGAACGCAGACAAAAGCAAGACUUUGGAAAACCUGUCUUAUACCCCAUCGCUAACAAAAUCCUCUUCAAAAAAAUAAAAAAGGUUCUGGGACUUGAUAGAUGCAAAAUUUUCAUUUCAGCAGCAGCCCCAAUUUCAAAUGACAUCUUACGAUACUUCCACAGCAUCGACAUUCCGCUCACAGAAAUCUAUGGCAUGUCAGAGUCCUGCGGUCCUCAUACCGUGGGCGUUGAGACAGCUUUCAAAAUCGGAAGUUGUGGUCGCACACCCCCUGGUUUCUAUACUAAGUUACUGAACAAGGACAAGGAUGGGAAUGGGGAAAUCUGCAUGAAUGGCCGCCACAUAUCUAUGGGUUAUCUGCAUAUGGAGGCUGAAACCCACGAAGCCAUAGAUGACGAAGGUUGGUUGCACACGGGUGACAUAGGUCACCUCGACUUGGAUAAUUUCUUGUUCAUCACCGGUCGAAUAAAGGAACUGAUUGUCACCGCUGGAGGUGAGAAUGUGGCCCCAGUCAUCAUUGAAGACACUCUCAAAGGAGAGCUCCCCUGCAUCGGAAACUGCAUGCUUAUAGGAGACCGGAGAAAGUUUCUGUCUGCGUUGCUUACCAUGAAGACUGACAUGGACAUGGAUACGGGGGAGCCCGAGGACACCCUACAACCAGCUGCGCUCAAUUGGUGCAAAAGCGUGGGAUCUGAAGCGAGAACAACUCAAGAUAUAUUGGAAGGCCCCGAUGAGAAGGUGAUGAAGGCUAUACAAGAAGGGAUCGACAGAACGAACAACAAAGCCAUUUCAAAUGCCCAGAGGAUCCAGAAGUGGCAGAUCUUGCCAAAGGACUUCUCCAUACCUGGAGGUGAACUUGGACCGACGAUGAAAGUGAGGAGGUCCUUCGUAGCCGAGAAGUACGCCGACGUCAUCGAAGGACUCUACGAUGUAUGAAGGACAAGUUGCCGACCUUAGCUAUAAUGGGAUUUAUUUUAUGGGCUUUAUCAGACCUUGUAACAGGACACAAAGAUGUGCGCCAUAUAUGAAUACUAAUUUAAAUGGCGGCUUUAUUAUUCACUUAUAUGUUGAAAUGUCACAUUGUCCUCAAUAUGCAGAUAAUAUACAACGACUUUGAGAAGAUUACUCUCAUGUGCCUCUCUGCAGUUUUCUUUCUAAACUAUCUAGAAGCAGCUCACUGUGCCUUGGACGAACUUUACAAAUUACAGAUCUCUGUGGAGCCGAAGAGCUGAAAAUAGUUAAACACAGGACAAGCGGGAAUCUCAAGUAUUACAUUGCAGUUCACUGAAGAUAUAUAACUCUAUAUAAUGCAGAGCAAACUAACAAGUUUACAGUUACAAGAGAAAGAUGGUCCUAGAUGCUAAACUUUUGUAAGUAAACUGAAAUUCAUAAAAGUGUAAGUGCAAGUAAGGUCGAACCUAUGUCUGCCUUUAUCAGUGUCGAAAUACUAGUACUUAUUAAAGUAUUUAAGAAGGAAACUGCAAGGCAUUAGGUAUUUUUUUAACUGUUUUACUUUUGAGAUGAAAUUGCUAAUAUGGUCUAUUCUAAUCCUUUAUGAUUUUCAUUAUGCGUACAUUCAAAGUCUAAUGUAAAUUAUAUUAAUUUUACCCUCGGGAGCGAUCAAAUGAGUGACUUACUAAUUCUUGUAAAGCUCCUACCAACAUUUACUCUUUCAUGGCAAAAUCAUUACUACUGAAAAAACAAACAGAAAAUAACACAUAAAUGGAAAAAUGCAAAAGUGGCUCAAAUUAAUACUUCUUAGGUAUGUUGUAUUUAUACAGAUAUUGAAGUAGACAUUAAUCUAACACAGAAUGCAUUUACAGGAAGCCACGAAGCCACUCUUUUAUAACCUUAGCAUUAAGCAUGGAAACUGUCCUGUUCAGAGAAUACUCAGGCCUAUUACAACACAACCUUGUACAGAGAGAGUUAUACUUGAUAUUGUGAAAUAAAAUGCGCUUGGCUAAA